UCAUCCCACCUGCCAAACACUCUAAUUUACCCAAAAAAUCCACAAUUCGGCCCCUCCCCGUUCCUCCCAAUCUUUUUCAGAUUCUCCUAAUUUUUGGCAAUUUUGGCGUUCUGUUAUUUUUGAAUUUUUUAAAAAUUUUCAUCAUUCUCUCCAGUUACCGUACCAGUAAUAUUUAUUUUUCUCAUUAAUUUUUAAUUAAGCUUAAAAUUAAUCAAAAGAAAAAAAUGCGAAGGAUUCCAACAAUAUUAAAAUUAAACAAAAAGAAAUUAUUAAAUAAUAUAUUUAUUUUUACUUUAAUUGUCUUUAUUGUCACACUUUUUGUUGUUGCAAGUAAACACUAUAUUAGUGAAGAAAAAGAAAAGUUUAUUUAUUUGUCUACAAAUUAUCAGAAAAGAAUAGAGGAAAGUUUUGAAGAAAAUACAAAAUCAGAAUCUUCUGAAAUUUUUAAAUUUAAAGAAAUGUGGAAAUUAUCAACUGAGAGAUUAGAAGCAGAAGAGUCAGAUGGCAACGAAUUACCUCAACCUCCUUUAUCAACAUUUACAAAACUUACAAGAUCACAAUCUCAAAUAGACAAAUCAACAUUAAUAGAUUUAUUGCCUCAUUUAAAAGAAAAUACAAAUUUAACAACUCUAAAUUCUCAAAUAUUGCUAAAUUCUUCAAAAAUAUUACGGUCUCCACCAGAAAUUAUUUUAAUGAUUCCAAGUACUUUUAGGGAAGGGGAAAAUUAUUUGUUCCAAACACUCCAUAAUUUAUUAGAAAAUAUAGCAGAAGAAGAAUUACAUAUAAUUCAAAUAAUUAUUUUAAUAUCUGAAAAUCCGUGGGAUUUAAAAAUGGAAGAAAAGAAGGAAAAUGUUACAAAAUUAAUUUAUCAAAAAUUUAAAAAUGAAAUUAACCAGGGAAUUUUGGAAGUUAUUUCACCCCCUAUUGAAUUUUUUCCUCCUAACUUGGAAAAAAUAAAAACAACAUUAGGCGAUCCUCCUGCAAGAAUGGUAUGGAGAACAAAGCAAAACUUGGAUUAUGCUUAUGCAAUGUUGCAUGUUUAUAAUUCCAAACCAAGUUCUAAAUAUUAUGUUCAGUUAGAAGACGAUAUUGUUACUGUGCCUGGUAAAUGUUUUGUAAAAAAUGUUUCUGUUUUAUAA